CUGUCAUUUGCUAUCCUAUUUUGACAAUUAACUUUUUGAUUCAAUUUCUAAUUCGAAAUGCUUUACAAAAUAAUUAAUUUAAGCUUGCUAAAAUAAUUGUAAAUAGUAGAAUAUUUACAAUUAUGAAUGACCAUUAAAUCAAAUAAGUUGAUUAUUAAGUUUAUGGAACUUUUACAUUCCUAACAAUGUUGGGAAGAAGCAUUAAAUGUACAGGACUUAUAAACAAUUUAUAUAACAUAAAUAAUAGUUUAAAGGUGCGAAAUACUUUACAAACUAUAUUGAGGAACAAUCAAGUUUUAAAAUACCAACGUGCGUUAAGCACCCAGCGUUUAGAAAUUAAUACUAAAGAAACUAAUCAAAAACCAGCUGAUAGUAGUACAUUUACGUAUAGAACACAUACUUGCGGGGAGUUAAGGUCAGAGCACAUUGGUCAGGAUGUAAUACUCUGCGGCUGGGUACAGUAUACCCGGCUAUCGAAGUUCCUACUAAUCCGAGACUCUUAUGGACUCACUCAAUGCAUUAUCAACAAUACACUCAUUGACAUCAGUUCUCUACCCCUAGAAACUAUAGUGAAAGUUAAAGGAACAGUUGCACCACGACCUAAAGAUAUGUACAACCAUGAAAUGGCAACAGGUGAGGUUGAAAUUGUCAUCAACAAAUUGGAGAUACUAAACAAUGUCACCAAAUUGCCGUUCAAUUUACGAAACUAUCAGAAACCUAAAGAGCAGUUGAGACUUCAGCAUAGAUAUAUUGAUUUGAGGUUUCCCGAGAUGCAGAGUGUUUUGAGACAGAGAUCAAGUAUGCUGCAUAGGAUGAGGAGGUUUUUGGUAGAAGAACAUAAUUUUGUUGAGGUUGAAACACCAACAUUAUUCUGCAGGACUCCAGGUGGGGCCAGGGAGUUUGUUGUUCCCACUCAUCACUCUGGAUUGUUUUACUCUUUAGUCCAAAGUCCACAGCAAUUCAAGCAAAUGCUGAUGGCAGGUGGUGUAGAUAGAUACUUUCAGAUAGCGAGAUGUUACAGAGAUGAGUCCACAAGACCUGACCGACAGCCAGAGUUUACCCAACUCGAUAUUGAAUUAUCCUUUACAAGUUUGGAAGGUAUUAUUAAUUUAAUUGAAUUGCUACUAAGGAAAACGUUUGAUGGUAAACUUCCAAAGUCACCUUUUAAGACUAUAACUUACAAAGAAGCAUUAGAAAAUUAUGGCACAGAUAAACCUAAUUUGAAAUAUGACAUCAAGUUAAAAAAUGUAAGCAAUUUAUUCAGUCAUCCUUCUACUGACUUUGGUGCAUUUGUGUUGCCAUAUAAUAAUAAAUUGGGAAAACUUUCAGCUAAAAAUAGAGAAAAGAUUAAUGAGGUAAGAAAAAAAUAUAAUGUCAAAGUAGUUUUAAAUGAAAAAAUAACUAAAGAAGUUGGCCAUGAUAUUAGUAAUGAGAUAAGAAUUAUUGCUGGUGAAACAAAUGAUAAUAUUUUGAGUAUGGGUGAUAAAGAAAAUGUUUGUUUAUGUUUGGGUGAAAUUAGAGAUUUUUUGGCUACAGACUUGAAGCUCAAAGGUCUUAUAAAUGUAAAUGAAAAUCUAGAGCCCCUUUGGAUUAUAGAUUUUCCACUAUUUGUUAAGGGAGAAGAUGGUUUAGAAACUUGUCACCAUCCAUUCACUGCACCUCAUCCAGACGAUUUGCAUUUAUUAGAUUCUGAACCCUUGAAUGUUAGGUCACUAGCUUAUGAUAUUGUCCUAAACGGCCAUGAAAUAGGUGGUGGAUCUGUUCGCAUACAUAAUUCUGCACUUCAAGAGAAAAUAUUAAACAUGUUAAAUAUUGAUUCAAGUAAGUUGUCCCACUUUAUCAAUGCUUUACAAAGUGGAUGUCCUCCCCAUGCUGGGAUAGCUCUGGGCAUUGAUAGAUUGAUGGCAGUAUUGUGUGAUGCAGAAUCAAUAAGAGAUGUGAUAGCAUUUCCUAAAAGUCAUGACGGUAGAGAUCCUUUAUCUGGAGCCCCUAACAAAAUAAGCAGUGACGACCAAAAGUAUUACCACAUAAAAUGUUUGGAAACAUAAUUAAGAUAUUUUACAAUAAAAAUGGGUACCUA